CAAUCUAUAUCAAAUCGUAGAUAAUUGUUGUCUUGACAGCUGUGUAGUAGGUAAACAUAAAGAAGGAUGAACAUAUAAGCCUUUUUGUUUACCAUCCUCUGGAUCUUCAUGGAGCCUGCUCAAGAGCUGCAACAAGAUACUCAAGCCGAUGACAGAGAGCAAAACUCAAAUAAAGGCACUUUUGUUACCAACCUAAUGAAACUUCCUAGACUCAAACAUUACAAGUGGUGGCUUCGUAUUGCCUCUUACACUUCCUUUGUUGUUGCCGGCCAGACUGUAGCGACUCUCUUGGGAAGAUUAUACUAUGAUCAAGGUGGGAAUAGCAAAUGGAUGGCAACAUUGGUUCAAUCAGCUGGCUUCCCAAUUUUACUUCCUCUCCUAUUCUUCUUCUCACCAUCGUUAAGAUCCACUGCAAGCACCCCCUUAAACACUUCCUCUACAAAAUUGCCACCUCUCUCCACCCUUACCUUUCUCUACUUUGCUUUUGGCCUGAUGUUGACAGGUGACAACCUGAUGUAUUCAUAUGGACUCUUAUACCUCCCUGUCUCUACUUAUUCUCUACUAUGUGCAACUCAAUUGGCCUUUAAUGCCCUCUUCUCAUUUUUCUUCAAUUCACAAAAAUUCACUCCCCUUAUACUCAACUCUCUUGUCCUUCUUACCAUUUCAGCAUCCCUUCUUGCAGUCAAUACCGACUCUGAAAACAUGACCGGAAUCCCCAAAGGAAAGUAUGUAAUUGGAUUCCUUUGCACGCUUGGUGCAUCUGCAACAUACUCAUUAAUGCUAUCCUUAAUACAACUGUCUUUCCAAAAAGUUAUAAAAACAGAGACUUUCUCUGCUGUAUUGGAUAUGCAAAUAUACCCGUCAUUUGUUGCAACUUGUGGCUGUGUGGUAGGACUUUUUGCAAGUGGAGAAUGGAAAAUUUUGCGGAAUGAGAUGGAGAAUUAUGGAAAAGGAAGGGUAUCCUAUAUGAUGACUUUGAUUUGGACGGCUGUGACAUGGCAAAUUUCUUCAAUAGGUAUGAUGGGGUUGAUUUUUGAGGUAUCUUCACUCUUCUGUAAUGUCAUCAGCACAUUGGCUUUGCCUGUUGUUCCCAUUCUUGCGGUAGUGUUUUUUCAUGACAAGAUGGAUGGGGUGAAGGUGACGGCUUUGUUGUUAGCAGUCUGGGGUUUUCUUUCAUACAUCUAUCAACAUUAUGUUGAUGAUUCUCAAUCCAAGGUUAACAAAACCAGUAAUAAUGAGGCUUCUGGGGCAGGGGCUGUAAUAGAGGUUUGUUGAUGACAUUUUUUUUUUUUUAAGAGAAGUGUAAAGAAAUUUCCACUGAAAACCCAGGAUUUGCGGCUAUGUGGGUUCCCAUUCAAUUUGGAUUUUUUUUUUUUUUCACUGUUUUGACUUUAUUUCUUAUAAAGUAAAAAAUGAAAACAAAAUAGAAAAGAAUGACAAUUGAGAGCAACUGAGUAACAAAGUGUGUGGCAUUGCAAUUGGAGUGAUUUACGUGCGAUGCUGAGAAAGCAUGG